AUGAGCGCAACACCGGCACCUGCACCUGACACGAGCGUUUUCGGCGGCGGGCCCGCGUCCAGUCUGGGCGCCUUUGCCCAGCUCGCGAGCCGCGCCGACGUGGCUGGUCUCGUGGCCGUCGUCACGGGUGGCUCUGCUGGACUGGGCCUGUAUGCCGCGCAGGCAUUGGCACUCAGCGGCGCACAAGUGUACAUCCUUGGCCGGCGAGCCGAGGUGCUCGAGGCGGCAGUAGCUAGCAUUCCAGUUGACUCGCCGGGCAAGCUGGUGGCUGUUCAAGGCAUCGCCGGACGCUUCAUGGACAACUACGGCAAAGGCGGCUUCGACACGACCAACUUUGAGCAGAUGCAGUCGGAGCUCGACUCGUUCACCGAGGAAGAGUUCAGCGAGAUUCUCGCUCACGCGGGCACCACAGUCAACACGCUCGGCCCCUACCUCUGCUCAACGGCCUUCCUACCGCUGCUCAAGCAGGGCACGGCGUGGCAUGCCACGCAAGCGGCGGGCGCAUGGCCGCGCUACACGAGCCAGGUCAUGCUCGUCAGUUCCAAUGCGGCGGUGAUCAAGCUCCCCAUCAUCAAUGCUCUCUACAACAUGUCCAAAGCAGCGACGUCGCACUUUGGCGCCAUGCUCUCGACGAUGCUGGCCGAGAGCGGCAUCCGCUGCAACACGCUCGAGCCCGGCCUCUACCCUUCCGACAUGACGGCCGCCCAGGGCGCACGGCACGCGGCGACGGGACAUCGAGAGCUCGAGGGCACUAACGGUGCUGCGAUUCCUGCGGGCCGCGCGGGUUGGCCACACGAACACGCAGCCUCGGUGCUCUACCUCGCCUCGCGCGCCUCGAUCUUUGCCAACGGCACGCGCCUGCGCGUGGAUGGCGGCGCCGUGCAGAAGGUGCCGGCGACGGACUGA